CAACAUAACCAAAAAAUUGUAAGUAUGAAUAUUACAUGCCUUAAAACCCUCGCAUUAAAUAUUCUUAAAAAUGGCUCUUCCGAAACUAUUGCAAGUGGUGUUGAAGUUCCUGAACUAGAUCCGUGUUCUAUAUGCAAUGAAGAAAUUUUUUUGCACAUACUUAAAAAGUCAUUCACUGUAUUAACAUGUGGUCAUACUGUGCACCGUCUUUGUCUUGAGAACCUUAGAGAAACUAUGUUUACAUGUCCUAUCAAUAAUUGUAGUGCGGAAAUCGAAAUCAUUGAAAAGUCACCACUAAUGCGGGCUCCAUUACAAAGAAGUAUGAGCAUAAAUGAAGGAUCACAAGAUCUGUUAAUAUUUGGUAAAAAUUCUUUAGUGAAUCUAGAUACAAUCGUAGAAGAGAACUCCGAAAAUAAUUCACAAAACAAAGAACCUGGCAUACCUGACUUCACUACAAACUCUAUGGCCGAAACUGAGGACUACCUGCAAAUUACUCCGCCAGAAUUGUGGAGCCUUAACGGAUUUGCUGAUUGGUGUAUUUCAUGUGAAAGAUUCGAAAAUAACAAAAUGAAGAUUUUAGACUAUAUCAAAAAAGGAUUAGAGAAGAUAAUCGACAACACUACAUUUGAGGAAGACAUAAGGCAAAAGGCAUCUGAUUUACGCGAAGAAUUUCAGAGUUGGAAGUCUUCAAAAACUACAACAGAAUACUUUCAGCGAGUUGCAAAUCGUUAUCAAACAGAACAACAACUAGAUCUUAUUGAAAACGAGAAAGCUAUUGAAUUGGCAAAAAUGGAAUGUAUCAAGGUUACCCAAACUCGAAACCAUGUGGAAUCGACAAUGAAGGUCCAUCAUCAAAUAACUGAAAAUAUUGUAGAAUUUAGUCAAAAACAAAACAUAUCCAGUAAAAAUAUUACACUAGAAAGUGAAGAAAAACAAGAUGAGAAGAGGAAACGUGGCGGUUAUGACUUGUAUGAGGAGAAAUCUAAAAGGAUAAAAUCGAACGGUAGUUCUAGAUCUGCCACUCCUAGAAUUUACAAUAAUGCCGAGCAAGAAACGCUAAUCAAGCUUGAUUUAGAAAAGUUCGAAGAAGAAUACUUGAAAAUGAAGCCUGAUCACAUGUGGAUACUAAGGAGUGGACGUAGAGUGGAAGUGGUUAUAUAUGAAUUUGCGCGAGAGUUGGAAUUUGAAUCUUAUUUACACUCAUUCAUAGUUAAUGAAAGUGAUGCGCACACGAAAUCACUUUUUUCUAAAGAGGAAUGGAAAGAAAUUAACACCUCAGAAGUUGAUGAUAGGCUAGAACUUGAAUAUUCUCUUAAGAAAUUAUUAAAAAAAUACACAGUUGAUGAUGUUGAAAAAUUACGAGAAAUUCUUUUUGAACUAUUCAUACCAAAUGGAUAUAAAUAUGAUCGAAAAUUUCACUUUGAUCUGGAUUUUGUUAAUCGUGUUUACCGAGGAAUGCUACCCUUAUGGGAAGUAAAUGAAAAUCUUUUCGACUCUUUGAAAUUGGAAGGUUGGUAUGAGAUGAAUAUCUGGAGUCACCUUAUUGAUCCUGCCUUCUACAAUGUGAAUAUCGAUUUAAUUCGUGGUGAAGGGAUGAGUCUUGCAUCGAGCGACAGAAAAAACGUUGAAAGAACGACAAGUGAUAGAAAGAAGGUUGGUCAAAAAGGAGAUGGAGUUUUUAGAUUACAUAAGGAUCACUUAGAAUUCGGUGCUAUAGAGGCUGGACGCGACUGGGAAGGACAAUGUGGAUCAAAAAUUAUUACGGAUUCAUUAAAGAUAUGUAAAAUGUUAAAAGACAUGUUAAACCAGCUUGCAAUUGAGUGUAACAUGAAGGAAAACCAUGUGAGAAAAUUACGUGUAGUAGGAAUGCUUCAGAGUGGGAAUAGAAUGCAGGUCAUCACGGCUGACCUCUCCAAGGGGUAUGUCACCCGAAUUCGAAGAAGAAAAGUCUGUGAAGUUUCAGCCCAUUUAACAAAAUCUAAACCUCUUGCACUAGUUUUAAAAGAAAUAUUUUACGUGAAAAAUAUUAUAUUGCGAACAUUUGAUAUUAUAAAUCGUAAAGAUGAUAUUGACAUUGAAACCUUUCUCGAUAAUUCUGAUGAAGAGGGAUAUCGCACACCUCCUAGAAAGAUUACGUCCAACACAUUUGUAACCCCAACUACAGAGCGCACCAAAGAUGUAGUUAAUGGGAAAAUUUGUAAGAAGAAAGAUUAA